AUGCAUCUCUGUGUCAUCCUCUGUGGGAUAUUUCAUCUGUCAGCUGUGAUCCAGUCAGCUACAGUCAAGCAGGAGACUGGGGUGAGAUUUGCUGCUGUUGGGGACGACGUGACUUUGCGUUGCUUUUAUGAAAGCCAAGUGUCGAUGCACUUCUCCUGGUACCGACAAUUCUUAGGAAGCCAACCUAAGCGCCUCUCUACAAUUUACAAAUAUGAUAAGCCAUCUGAAGUCCUCCACACAUUGGAGAACCCUCGUUUCUCUGUAGAAAGAAAGGAAGGGACCAAUCAUCUACAAAUCUCUGGUGUCCGCCUCUCAGAUUCAGCUACAUACUACUGCGGGAGCUCACACUCCAACAUGGUGGAAUUUGGAGAAGGGAUCUUUCUGAGUGUUCGAGCUAAUCACCAGACAAUUGACCAAGAACCAGCAUCCAUGACCAUCCAAGUUGGCGACUCAGUGAUGUUCAACUGUACAGUACACACUGGAACCUGUGACGAAGAACAUAGCGUCUACUGGUUUAGACGCGGAUCUCACCCAGGAAUUGUUCACACACAUAUAAAUAAAGGUAAACCAGUCUCUGUGAAGUCUCCUUCACAGAGCUGUGUGUACCAUUUGCAGAAAAUGAACCUUAGCUCCAUUGAUACUGGGACCUAUUACUGUGCGGUGUCCUCCUGUGGGGAGAUGCUGUUUGGUAAUGGAAGCAAGCUUAUCAUCAGCGAUGAUGUUAAAGACCGAGAUGCUGAGGUAAAAAUUUUGGUGUGGCUCUCUAUCAUUAGAGCCGGGAUUCUCUUGAUCUUUCUACCCUCGUGUAUUUGUGUAUUUGUCAGAAAGAGCUGUUAA